AUGGUUGCAGAGAAACAAUUUUUUUCCAUAUGUCCACUGUGUGACCUGCCAGGACAUAUACUGUUUGGAAAUAGUGAUUUUUCUUCUUUUAUUCUUCUCUCCUUUAAUCGACUUUUUUGGGGACAAGAGGCAUCUCUCUCUUUCUCUAUCUAUCUAUCUAUCUCUCUAUCUAUCUCUCUAUCUAUCUAUCUAUCUAUCUAUCUAUCUAUCUCUAUGAUAGAUUUACAAAACAUUCCUAUCUAUCGUUCUUGCUCCUUAUCUAUCUUUCUCUCUCCCUAUCUAUCUUUCUCUCUCCCUAUCUAUCUAUCUAUCUAUCUAUAUCAUUUAGGCUGGCAACUUGUACCGCUCGACAGUUCGGCUGGCAACUUGUGCCACUUGACAGUUAGGCUGGCAACUUGUGCCGCUCGACAGUUAGGCUGGCAACUUGUGCCACUCGACAAUGAACAAGAAAGAGUUCAAAAGAAAACAUUUACAAACUGGAUGAAUACUUACUUAAGUCAGCAUGAGCAUCCAAUAAAAGUCGAGAAUCUUUUUGAAGAUAUAAAAAAUGGAGUUGUUCUUCUAUCUCUCCUUGAAGUACUCACAGGAGAGAAGCUGUCUUUUCUUUCUUUACCCCCCCUGUCUUUCCCCUCUUUUCUUCUUUGUCUUUUUUUUCUUCUUUGUCUUUUCCCCUCUUUCUUCUUUGUCUUUUCCCCUCUUUCUUCUUUGUCUUUUUCCCCUCUUUCUUUUUGUUUUUCCCCCUCUUUCUUCUUUGUCUUUUCCCCCUCUUUCUUCUUUUGUCUUUUCCCCUCUUUCUUCUUUGUCUUUUCCCCUCUUUCUUCUUUGUCUUUUCCCCCUCUUUCUUCUUUGUCUUUUCCCCCUCUUUCUUCUUUGUCUUUUCCCCUCUUUCUUCUUUGUCUUUCCCCCUCUUUUUUCUUUGUCUUUCCCCUCUUUCUUCUUUGUCUUUUCCCCUCUUUCUUCUUUGUCUUUUCCCCUCUUUCUUCUUUGUCUUUUCCCCCUCUUUCUUCUUUGUCUUUUCCCCCUCUUUCUUCUUUGUCUUUUCCCCCUCUUUCUUCUUUGUCUUUUCCCCCUCUUUCUUCUUUGUCUUUUCCCCUCUUCUUUUCUUUUUCCCCUUUUUUUUGUCUUUUCCCCCUUUUUCUUUUUCUUUUUCCCCUCUUUCUUUCUUUGUCUUUUUUCCCUUCUUUGUCUUUUUCCUUUUUCUUCUUUUCCCCUCUUUCUUCUUUGUCUUUUCCCCUCUUUCUUCUUUGUCUUUUCCCCUCUUUGUUUUUUUUCCCCUUUCUUUUUUCUUUCCCCGUCAUUUGUAAUUUUCAUACGAUUUUUUCCCUCCUUUUUUAA